CAGUCGAACAAAAUGACUAAAAAGAGUAAGAGUAAAGAUGGACAAAGGGCUAGGAAUUUCUCCGGAUACAUAUUAUUCACUGAAGAGUUUUAUGAGCAGAACAAGAAGAAGUUUAAGUCUUUUGAAGAGGGCACUAACUCUGUGAAAAAGGCUUGGGGGAACUUAACAGAAGAGGAGAAAGAACAAUAUGGUGAAAGGGCUAAAGAAAUGAGAGUCCCACCAAAAGGGAAGAAUUAUAUUGUUCCCUUUCACACACGCUGUGCUCCGGGACAAUUUAUGGAAGUCUGCAAGCAAUUAAAGAAAAGUAAAGAUAAGAUGGAAAGACUGAAAAGAAUUGGUUUUGAUAAAUUGGUUGACAUAUGCUGCUCACAGAUCUAUAGAGAUUUUUGUGGUGAAUUGAUCCGUGUGUUUGACCCUGUAAGUAGGCAAAUUUCAAUUCGAGGGAAGACGCAUUUAGUGGGGCCCGAAGAUGUAAAUGAAUUGAUGGGUCUACCAUUUAAGGGGGAAGAUAUUAAAAUAAAUGUGGAGAAUGAAGAUGAAACGUUCAAGAAAUUAAGGAGUGACUACGGGAAAGUGCCAUACAAAACAAUAGGAACAUGGUUGAUUGAAGGAAAAGAGGAAGAAAAGUUUGAAUUCCUUUUUGUUAUGUAUGCACUAGGAGUCCUCUUGUGUCCUGGCUCUAGUGUAUGGGUGAGUGAUAAAGUGUUGAAAGUCAUGGUGGUGACAAAGGAUAGUUUAGGACACUAUGAUUGGAGCAGCUUAGUUUUGAAAGAAUUCUGCAACUCAAUUGCAGAGUUCAAGAAAGGAAAGAAGAAAGGAAAAGCUGAUGGGACGAAAAAUGUGGGAGGUUGCAUGUACUUCCUAAUGAUUUAUUGCCUACAACACUUUCCUCUCGGAAAAGAAAAGGCGGCAAAAAAUGAAAAUGCCAUUACUUAUUGGGAUGAGGAAAAAGUGAAGGCAAGAGUGAAAUCAGAAAAGAAUAGCGACAGAGGCAUACUGCAUGGCGUUCCGAGUGUCGGUGGGGCUUCAACAAGUGCAUCCAACACAGGAAUAAAGCUAACCCACCCUGAAAUCAAGAGAACGUAUGAAAGGUUGAUGACCAUGGUUGAAGGGUUGGUGUCGACAAUUGGAGAAGAGUUGGUUUCCCUGCAGUUGAGGUUGACGGAUGAGAUUGACAAGGAAGAUGUGGUGGAAGCAGUAAGUAGCGAAGAUGACAAAGAGAAGGCAACUGAAGAUGAAGAAACCGGUGAAGAAGGUAAAGGAAGCCCAAAAGAUUCAAUUCUGUCACAAGAGGAACAACAGAGUGAACCAGAAGGAGAUGAUAAAGAAGAGGGCAAAAGUGCUUCGCGUGAAGAAGAGAGUCAAUCUCAACCUGAGGAGAAAGGAGAAGGGAGUCACUCUGGAUCAGAGGAUGAUGGAGAAGAAAAAACACAAGACAAGUCUAGUGAUGCAGCAGCAGAAGAGGAUAAGGGUGUAGGCGAUGAAAUGGAGGAAAAGGAUGAAAUGGACCAGCAAGCACAAGGGCAAAUGGAUGUAAGAAGAUCAACACGGGUGAGAAGCCGUGCAAUCAAAUCUCCCUGGUUAGAGGAGGUGAAAAAAGGCCGUGGCAAGAGAAAAGCUGACGAGAAAGAGGAAUUAUUCCAGAUGUGCACGAGAAGAUGUGAUCAAGAUGAAGGUGCCAAGUACAUUGUAGAGAUGUAUGGGUACUUCUUGACACGUGCUGAGCUUUGCUGCCUACAAGACAGGAAAUGGAUGAACGACAGGUUCAUGUCUAUGGUGGCGAGAACCUUGGUGGGAGAUGAAAAAGAGAACCACGGUCGUGAUAUAACAUUGGAGACUGUGACUUCAUAUUUGGCCCCACCCUUUUCAAUUACCAUUGGUUCUGUUACGUGA